AUGGACAAGUCAAGCGCCUUAGAGUAUAUCAAUCAAAUGUUCCCUAACGAAGCAUCACUAUCUGGCGUUGAACCGCUAAUGCAAAAAAUUCAGAACGAGAUUCGAACUGUUGAUGCUGGAAUUUUAGCUGCAGUUCGUCAACAGAGUAAUUCGGGAACUAAAGCUAAAGAAGAUCUUGCCGCUGCUACUCGUGCUGUUGAGGAACUUAUGUAUAAGAUUAGAGAAAUAAAAACUAAGGCAGUUCAGAGUGAAACAAUGGUUCAAGAAAUAUGUAGGGAUAUUAAGAAGUUGGAUUUUGCAAAGAAGCAUAUAACGACUACAAUUACUGCACUUCAUCGUCUUACGAUGCUUGUCUCUGCUGUUGAACAACUUCAAGUGAUGGCUUCAAAACGUCAAUACAAAGAGGCAGCCGCACAGCUGGAGGCAGUGAACCAGUUAUGUAGCCACUUUGAGGCCUAUAGGGAUAUUCCAAAGAUCAUAGAACUGAGGGAAAAGUUUAAGAAUAUCAAGCAAAUACUCAAGUCACAUGUGUUUUCUGAUUUUUCUAGCUUAGGUACUGGAAAGGAGACAGAAGAAACCAAUUUGCUACAGCAGUUGUCUGAUGCAUGCCUGGUUGUUGAUGCAUUAGAGCCUUCGGUAAAGGAAGAGUUGGUAAAUAAUUUUUGCAAUCGGGAGCUUACUUCGUAUGAGCAAAUAUUUGAAGGAGCUGAACUAGCAAAGUUGGAUAAAACUGAGAGACGAUAUGCAUGGAUUAAGCGCCGGAUGCGAUCAAAUGAAGAAAUUUGGAAAAUCUUCCCAUCUUCAUGGCACGUUUCUUAUCGGCUGUGUAUCCUAUUUUGCAAGAAAACAAGGAAACAACUUGAGGACAUUCUUUCUAAUUUAAAGGAAAAGCCAGAUGUUGGGACUUUGUUGUUGGCUUUACAACGAACUUUAGAGUUUGAGGAUGAAUUGGCUGAGAAAUUUGGGGGAGGCACUCAAAACAGAGAGAUUGGAAAUGAGAUUGAAGAAAUAGGAAGAGGUGCUAAUUCUAGUAAUAAUGCUUCAGAUAUCCGGAAGAAGUAUGAAAAAAGGCUUGCUGCACAUCAAGGAAGUGAGAGUGAAGAAAAAAAUGGAACCAAAGAUUUGGCAGUUCCUGGAGCUGGGUUCAACUUUCGUGGAAUUGUUUCAUCUUGCUUUGAACCUCAUUUAACAGUAUAUGUAGAAUUGGAAGAGAAAACACUAAUGGACAGUCUGGAGAAACUUGUCCAGGAGGAGACAUGGGAUAUUGAGGAGGGAGGUCAGAGUAGUGUUUUAUCCAGUAGCAUGCAGUUGUUUCUAAUAAUCAAGAGAAGCUUGAAAAGAUGCAGUGCUUUGACGAAGAGCCAGACACUAUUUAAUUUGUUUAAGGUUUUCCAAAGAAUUCUUAAAGCAUAUGCUACAAGACUCUUUGCAAGACUUCCAAAGGGGGGCACGGGAAUUGUUGCUGCGGCCACAGGCAUGGAUGGGCAGAUAAAGACAUCUGAUAGGGAUGAAAGAGUGAUUUGUUACAUUGUCAAUUCGGCCGAAUAUUGCCAUAAAACGGCUGGUGAACUGGCUGAAAGUGUUUCUAAAAUAAUUGAUCAUCAAUUUGCAGAUGGGGUGGACAUGUCAGAAGUGCAGGAUGAAUUUUCAGCUGUUAUAACAAAAUCCUUGGUAACCUUAGUGAAUGGCCUGGAAACCAAAUUUGACAUUGAAAUGGCAGCAAUGACACGUGUUCCUUGGGGUACCCUUGAAAGUGUUGGUGAUCAAUCAGAGUAUGUUAAUGCCAUAAAUUUGAUUCUGACCACUAGCAUUCCGACACUCGGAAGUCUUCUUUCUCCUGUCUACUUUCAGUUCUUUUUGGACAAGCUUGCAUCUUCUCUGGGCCCACGCUUUUACUCAAACAUUUUCAAAUGCAAGCAAAUAUCAGAAACUGGAGCUCAACAGAUGCUAUUGGAUACACAAGCUGUUAAGACAAUCCUUCUUGAAAUUCCAUCCCUUGGUAGACAGACAUCAAGUGCUGCAAGUUAUUCCAAGUUUGUAAGCCGUGAGAUGAGCAAAGCCGAGGCCCUUUUGAAGGUUAUACUUUCUCCAGUUGAUUCUGUAGCAGAUACUUACCGUGCACUGCUACCUGAGGGUACACCCAUGGAGUUUCAGCGGAUAUUGGAGCUUAAGGGUCUUAAAAAAGCUGAUCAACAAAGCAUACUGGACGACUUCAACAAAGAAGGGCCUGGAAUUAAGCAAACUCAGAUUACACCAACAAUUGCGCCAGCUCCUCCAGUAGCCCCUGUUAUACCUAGUCCUACUGCUGCACUUGGACUCGUAGGUUCACGGGAGGACGUUCUAACUAGGGCUGCUGCACUUGGACGAGGAGCUGCCACCACAGGGUUCAAGCGGUUCCUAGCACUAACUGAAGCUGCCAAAGACAGGAAGGAUGGCCCUUUCCGAAAGCUCUUUAAUCCAUAA